AUGGCUCCAACUGUAAUCCCCAGUACCGCAACCGAAGUCCAGAGUUCUCCUCAUGUCAUUCCGAUAGAGUUCAAGCAUCCUUUAGAUCCAUUGACCCCUGACGAAAUUGCGGCUGUUUCUUUCACUGUUCGCAGUCAUGUCGCCAGCAAGACUGAGAUCAAGGCAAUCAAGUUCAUCACCUGCAGUCUCCUUCCAGCGCCUAAGAAGGCGGUCCUUGCUUAUCUCGGCAUUCCGCUGACUCCGGGAGGAAAGCCAGAGCCGCUUACCCCCAUUGUUAGGAAGGCUGAAGUCGAUGUACGUGCUUCGGUCCGUUCCUUAUCGCAUUCGUACAAUGUCAUUCUCGCUCUCGGCCACGGGAAGUGGAGUAUUCAGACCUUUGAACGUCUUCAGGAAGGCGUACAGCCCCAGAUCUCAGUUGAAGAACUCAUCGCCUGCGAGAAGGUCGUGAAGAAUGAUCCUAGAGUCCAGCAAUUGGCAAAGGAAGUCGGUGUUCUUCCCGAGCAAAUAUUCUGCGACGGAUGGGCCAUUGGCUACGACGAACGCUUCCCUCACACUCGUCGCGUUCAGCAGGCUUUUGUGUUUGCAAGAUAUUCGGAGCAUGAAAACCUGUAUGCCCAUCCCUUGGACUUUAUUCCCGUCAUUGAUUCAAAUACCGACAAAGUAAUCCAUAUUGAUUUUCCUUAUCAAUAUAAGUCCUCUGAUGAGGGUGGCGCUCUCAGCGCCUCAAGUACCAAAUUCCCCGAGCUUUCCGAAGACUCAUUUGCGGUAUCAAAUAGACCUCGUAUUCCUCCUCCCCAAAGGCGAUUUGAUUUCCUUCCGGAUCUCAUGAAGGAUAACGAAGGGGGUUACAAGCCUAGAGAUGACAUUAAGCCUCUGCACACCGUGCAACCUGAGGGCGUUAGCUUUAAGAUGAACGGUCACGAGUUGGAAUGGCAAGAUUGGAAGAUGCACAUCUCAUUUACACAUCGUGAAGGUAUCGCCCUUUCAACUAUCACUUAUAAUGACAACGGCGAAAUUCGACCAAUCCUGUAUCGUUUGUCAUUGGCCGAGAUGGUUGUACCGUAUGGAGCUCCGGAAUACCCUCAUCCCAGAAAAUUUGCCUUUGAUUCAGGUGAGUAUGGGAUGGGAACGAUGGCGAACGAAUUAUCAUUAGGAUGUGAUUGUGUUGGUCAGAUUCAUUAUCUGCCUGGCUCGUACGUCGCACAUGAUGGGAGUGCAAUCGUAGUAAAGAACGUCAUUUGCAUCCACGAGGAGGACAGUGGUGUGCUAUGGAAGCAUACUGACUACCGCCCGGGUGGCCGUGGACAAACCGUCCGUCGCCGUCGUUUAGUCGUCAGCAUGGUCUGCACGCUCGCUAACUACGAGUAUAUCUGGAAUUAUCAGUUCUACCAGGAUGGUACCAUUGAACUUGAAGUCCGCCUAACGGGUAUUCUCCAGGUCUACAUCGCUCAAGAUGGCGAGAAGAGCAAAUACGGAACCCUCGUCGCACCAAAUGUCAACGCCCAGUAUCACCAGCACCUCUUCUCCAUCCGUGUCGACCCCAUGAUCGACGGUAUCAACAACACCGUCAUCGAAUCCGACGUCUUCCCUAUCCCUGAUGCAGAGACCGGCUCUGCGGAGAACUUUGCCGGGAACGGGUUCCUCACGCAGGAAACUGUGUUGAAGAAAGAGGCUGCGAGGCCGUAUGACUGGGAGAAGGAGCGGAGGUGGAGGAUCGUCAAUACCGCGAGGAAGCAUUAUAGCAGCGGGAAGGACGUCGGGUACGUUGUCGGUAUGAAGGGUGGAAUCACGCCUAUGUUUGCCAGGAAGAACAGCUGGGCGCUGAAGAGGGCUGCCUUUUGUAAUUAUCCCAUCUGGGUGUGCAAGGACGUCGAAGAUGAGCAGGGUAGUAGGAUGUGGCCUGCGGGUAAGUUCGUGCCGCAGACAAGGGGCAGUCCGGCGGACGCAAUCGAUUCUUGGGUCAGGGGGGAGCAGAACAUUGAAAAUGAAGAUAUUUUGGUCUUUCUCACUGUCGGAACGACACAUAUCCCCCGUCCGGAAGAUUGGCCUGUGAUGCCCGUGGAGCACUUGAGUGUUACGCUAAAACCUCAAUCGUUCUUCACGAUGAAUCCAAGUAUGAACGUUCCUGGUACUCGGGAUCCGAAAAGUGUUGCCGCCUUCUCUCAAGACUCGUUUAAUCAUGAAGGCCAGUCAAAUUGUCAUUGUAACUAA